UGAAUUCCUCUCAUCUUCCCCUGUUUCCUCCCUUUCUCAAUUCAUCGGAAAACCCAAAACCAAAUUUUUCUGUUCAAUCAGUCGCUAUGGAUUGGGUUCGUGGCGAAACGAUCGGCCAGGGGAGUUUCGGGAAAGUGAGCUUGGCGGUGCCCGCAAGAGAGAGCGGCGCCGCCGUUUUACCGGCGAUGGUUGUCAAGUCUUGCGUGGCGGCGAGGGCCGAUUCUUUGUUGAAGGAGGGAAUGGUGUUGGAGGAGCUCCAAGGUUGUCCGGAGAUUAUCCGGUGUUUCGGGGGCGGGUAUAGUGUGGAGAAGGGGGAGAGGUUGUACAAUGUGGUGUUGGAGUUUGCUUCUCAGGGGAGUUUGGCGGACAGGGUUAAGAAUUCCGGGGAUCGCAGGUUGUCGGAGUUUGAAAUUCGGAGGUACGCUAAGGCGUUGGUGAGAGGGAUAAAUUAUGUUCAUAAGAGUGGGUUUGUUCACUGUGAUAUUAAGCUUGAGAAUAUUCUUUUGGGGGACGAUGGUGGGGUCAGGAUCGCGGAUUUUGGAUUGGCUAAGAGGGAUGGGGAUGGGGAGGGAGUGAGGAAUUUGGGGUGUGAAAUUAGGGGAACUCCGAUGUAUAUGUCGCCGGAGAUGGUCGCCGGCGGGGAACAGGGGACGGCGGCGGAUAUAUGGGCUCUUGGGUGUGCGGUGGCGGAGAUGGUCACCGGAGCUCCGGCGUGGAAAUGUUCCGACGCGGCGGGGCUUUUAAUGAGAAUUGGGGUCGGGGAGGAAGUGCCGGAAAUCCCCGGGAAGCUAUCGGAGGAAGGGAAAGAUUUCCUCGGAAAGUGUUUUCUAAAGGAUCCAAGAACGAGAUGGACGGCGGAGAUGCUUUUGAGUCACCCAUUCGUCGCCGAUCACGACGACGAUGAUGAAAUUUCUUCUCCCUCAAUUUCUCCGAGAUGCCCAUUUGAUUUUCAGGAUUGGGUAUCUGAACCAGAGCUCCUAGAAUCGUGUCUGACAAUUCUGCCCUCGCCGGAGCCGGAAUUUUCUCGCUCCAAAUCGCCGGCGGCGGAGAGGCUGCGGGGACUAGUCAGUGAUGACCACCUACCCAUCUGGUCUGAAAAUGGUGACGGUUGGAUUAGCGUUAGGUGAUGUCAUUUUCAAAAUUCAGAGCUUAAGAGAUUUUUUAUGUGCAUGAAGAUUUUUUGAAUUUUGAUUUUAAUGUACAUAGUAUAUUGAGGGAAUUGACAAUUGAGUAUGCAUGAAGAUGAAAGGCUGUUAUCAUAAAUGUUUUUGGCUCUUCUUCAUCUCCUACAACCUUAUUCCUGCGAUUCAAGAACCAUUAGUCUGUGAUAACUGAGCAUACAAUUUUAUUUGUUUUGAUAUUAAUGUUGGGCUUC